AUGGUGACAAAAAUUGCCAUUUUAUUGGCAAUUUUGUUCCUCCAAGCCGUGGCCUUGUCCAAUUCAGCCACGCUGUCGACGAACUCGCGAUGGAUAGUCGACGACGCGACUGGACAUCGCGUGAAGUUCGCGUGCGUGAGCUGGGCCGCGCACUUACAGCCGAUGAUCGCGGAAGGCCUAGAAAAGCAGCCACUCGAUGUUAUAAUUAAGAAGAUAAGUGAAUAUGGCUUUAACUGCGUGAGGUUUACUUGGGCCACGUAUAUGUUUACGAGGCCCGAUUACGGAAGCCUUAGGGUUUCGGAAUCGUUGGAUAAGUACGAGCUGGUGGCCGCGAGAGACGGCAUUGCUAAGAAUAAUCCUCAGGUUUUGAACAUGACGGUGCUUGAGCUUCAUAGGGCUGUGGUUGAUGAGCUUGGGAAGAGUGGGGUGAUGGUGGUGCUGGAUAACCAUGUUAGCCGACCGGAUUGGUGCUGUGGGGACAACGAUGGGAAUGGAUUUUUCGGGGACGCGGAUUUCGACCCGAUGGAGUGGUUGCAAGGACUAGCUCAAGUGGCGACGACAUACAAGGAUCAUCAUGCGGUUGUAGGUAUGAGCAUGAGGAAUGAGUUAAGAGGCAGCAAACAGAAUGAGGCAGACUGGUACAAAUACAUGCAACAAGGAGCCAACACAAUUAACACACAAAGCCCAAACUUUCUAGUCAUUGUCUCAGGAUUGAACUACGCCCUCAACCUCGGAUUUCUCAACUCCAAACCUUUGGCAGUUAAUUUCUCCAACAAAUUAGUCUUUGAAGCACACUGGUACACAUUUGGCAUCCCUGCCAAGAGAUGGAUUGACCAAACCAACAAUCUAUGUGCUGCUAUCACCAAAAGUGCACAAAACAAUUACCUCUACUUGACUCAAGGGAACAACUCCUUCCCUCUUUUUCUGAGUGAAUUCGGUGCAAGCGAAAGAGGUGAUGACGUCGCAGGCAAUAGGUACAUCACUUGUCUCUUGGCUGCUGUGGCCGAGACCGAUGUAGACUGGGCUCUUUGGGCUUUACAAGGCAGCUACAUACUCAGACAAGGCAAACUUAAUCUUGAUGAGACUUAUGGAGUGGUUGAUAUCAAUUGGGAUCAUCCAAGAAACCUUACUUUUCUUAAUAGGUUGCAAAUCCUUCAGCAGAUCAAUCAAGAUUUCGGGUCGAAGCAAGAGACAUAUUACAAAAUGUUCCAUCCUUUGAGAGGGCAAUGCGUGCAAAUUGUGGGGAAUGAUAUAGUUCUGGCUAGCUGCAAAAAUGCGAGCCGGUGGGAUGAACACCAACAUGGUGGCCCUAUCAAGUUGGCGGGGAGUUCAGGGUGCCUCGGGGUGGCCGGAGAUGGGGCGGUGGCUAGUGUUUCGGAGGACUGUUCGAGCAAGUGGAAGAUCGUAGCAAGUUCUGGGCUUCAUUUAGCUGCCCAAGAUGGGAAGGGGGAAUAUUUGUGCUUGGAAGUGAAUGCUUCAGAUUCUAAGCUUGUGACUAAGAAAUGUAUGUGUGUUGGAAAUGAUCUUGCUGAUUUACCUACUUGUGCUGAUCAAGAUCCAGAAUCACAAUGGUUUAAACUUGUUCCUGCAAAUGUUUGA